UGGUUCAGUGUAGAGACGUCGGUCGGCUCGGACGCCCCGCUCUUACAAAUCGUACAUCGUGAAAAAUGAAAUAUUUUCUGUUUACAUUUCCAAUCAUAUCUUUAACAAAUAUAUAAAAGUUAAGUUUGCUUUUAUAAAACUGUGCUAAUAAUUUUCCGUGGGAGGAACAUCCGUGCACGAUGAAGGCUUCGACGUCGCGAGUGAAAUAAUAAAUACAGCUACGAGUCGUUUGUAUAAAGAAACGUAUUCGUAUCAAAGCAGACGGAAUAUGAUCAUAUGUUAGUGUUAAGUGAUGAACAAAGGUGCAUUAUCCAUCACAAUGCUAGCGGGCGAUGACACACGACACAAACAUACCAACAUCAGUUACAGUAUAAACGAUACUUACAACUACUUCGACGACUCAAGAUUGUUGACGCUAUUACAACAAAAAGGGAGUAACAAGACAACGAAUAUAGAAGAUUGGUUGAGAACGUUGGAGGAUUUGAGAAAUAAAUAUAAUAUAUCUAUUAUUAAGGAGUGCGAUCGUUUCGAGUACUGUGCGGGAGAUAUCAGAAACUUAAUAAUAGCAUAUAACAGUAUCCACGGAUAUAUCAGCUUGUUGAUCUGUCUCUUUGGUAGUUUAGCGAAUGCGUCAAACGUAGCAGUUCUGACAAGGAAGGAUCUCGCUGCAGCUCCGAUUAAUCGCCUGCUCAAGUGGCUGGCGGUCGCUGACGUGUUUGUCAUGUUGGAGUAUGUUCCCUUUGCCAUCUACAGAUAUCUGCUGUUCCCCGGUCAAGUGGACCGGCCCUAUUCCUGGGCAGUGUACAUGCUGUUCCACAUGCACUUCACGCAGAUCCUGCACACCGCCUCGAUAUUACUCACGCUGUCGUUGGCCAUCUGGCGAUAUAUCGCUAUCAAGUAUCCAUCUCACGGGCCAUCUCUGUGCACGGAAAGGCGCUGCUCUCUUGCUAUUAUAAGUAGCUUUUUGCUUCCUCCGAUACUCUGCAUUCCUUCCUAUUUCGUAUUUACUAUACACGAAGAUUUUACUUUAGACCGAUCACCAUCAAAGGUUUACUACGUAGAUUCAAAUUACGACGGCAGCCUUUAUCAGAUCAACUUUUGGGUUCAUGCUGUGGUGAUUAAGUUGCUGCCAUGCGUUAUCCUGACCGUAAUUAGUGCGUGGUUAAUCCGGGUAUUGUACCGAGCGAACAGUCGGAAAAAGGCACUUAAGGGAUACAGUGCGUGUCCAGCAGAUACGGUCGUCAAUGGUAAUGGGAAUAUUUUCAAAAGAAAGUCGACGAAGCGAACCAAGUCUGAGAGGAGGACAGAUAGAACCACGAGAAUGCUCGUCGCAGUACUCUUGCUGUUCCUGUUGACGGAAUUCCCACAAGGUAUUUUGGGUUUAAUGAGCGGAUUACUAGGAAGAUGUUUCUUCAAGCGGUGCUACGAUCUCUUCGGGGAGCUGAUGGACGCCCUCGCCCUCCUCAACGGAGCCAUCAAUUUCAUCCUAUACUGCGCCAUGUCUAAACAGUUCAGGACGAACUUCAGGCAAAUUAUGUGGAGCCGAUGUGCUCCGGCUCCACGAGCGAGCUCACACACUGAAUUGCAAACAACAUAUGUAUGAAAGAGGUGGAAAUAGUCAGACAUUUGAAGACA